GUUCUGGAUAAUGUUGGAGGAUGAAUGAUGGAGGAUAGAAAAGGUGGAAAGAGUGUCUCGGUGCCCAGCUGGCUGGUCCAAGCUCAUCUCCGCUCCCUCCGCCCCGCUGAUGUCGUUGCGUGUCGCAUCGCGACAAACAGGUAUACAAGUAACAUACGAUCUUCAAGGAACGACGCAGGCGCAUGACACAGCGCAUACCACAUAAUGACUUCCAGACUUGUACUAUGCUUGGGCGACUUGUUCAUCCCGGAUCGCGCCAAUGACAUUCCCGCAAAGUUCAAGAAGCUCCUCACACCAGGAAAGAUUGGCCAAAUCCUCUGUCUAGGCAACCUCACAUCACCAAGCGUCUACACCUUCCUCCGAAACCUGGCUCCCGAUCUUCAACUCGUCAAGGGUGACUUUGACAUUUCACUGUCAACACCUGCUCCUCCGAAUCCCAACGCCGCAUACGCUGCCCCUACCGAUCAGAUCCAAGUUCCCACUGCUCUCUCAAAAGUUGUCACACAUGGCGGUCUGCGUAUUGGCUUCACGCAUGGUCACACCAUCGUCCCACCAGGCGACCCGGACAGCUUAUUGAUAGCUGCGAGACAGAUGGAUGUCGACGUCCUGUGCUGGGGUGGAACUUGCAAAUUCGAAGCCUAUGAGAUGGAGGGCAAGUUCUUCAUCAACCCAGGCAGUGCGACAGGUGCCGUCAGUUGGUCACCAGAUGCCGAGCUCGACUCCGAGGGUGAAGCAGUCUCGACGCCCAGUUUUGUGCUUAUGGAUGUCCAAGGAGACGUCCUCGUCCUCUACGUUUACCAGCUUCGCAAGGACCAGAAUGGUGUUGAGAAUGUCGCUGUCGAGAAGGUCUCGUACAGGAAAAACGCUUCUUCAUAGUAUCAUGCCUAUGCCAGCCCCUCACAUAACGACAUCGAAUACCUUUAGUAAUCCUCACCCUUUGAAAUACAUACCUCAGUCUUGGAACCAACACCCCCA